CUUCGGGCCGGGUGAGGUGGGGAUCAUCUGGGAUCUGCUAAAGGGGAGCCUUUGAUCUCUUGGCGGCGCGAGCGCGGUGCAAGACUGCGCCAGGUCCUAGUGGGAGAGCCCCGGGAUCCUCUCGCCCUGCUAGGCGAGAGCGUGGUCCUCGGAGGCAAAUCCUCCAGAGGCUGGGAAGUCGCAGUUUCCAGUCCGGGCCGCCGGGGAGCCCUGUUGUGAUCCCCCAGGCCCCGGACGAAGGACUCACAGGCCCGGCACCAUGGCAUCCAUCCUGGAUGAGUAUGAGGACUCACUGUCCCGCUCGGCCGUCCUGCAGCCCGGCUGUCCCAGCGUGGGCAUCCCGCACUCGGGGUAUGUAAAUGCCCAGCUGGAGAAGGAAGUGCCCAUCUUCACCAAGCAGCGCAUCGACUUCACUCCCUCAGAUCGUAUCACCAGUCUCGUGGUCUCCAGCAAUCAGCUCUGUAUGAGCCUGGGCAAAGACACACUGCUGCGCAUUGACUUGGGCAAAGCCAAUGAACCCAACCACGUGGAGCUGGGGCGCAAGGAUGACACCAAAGUUCACAAGAUGUUUCUGGACCACACUGGCUCUCACCUGCUCAUAGCUCUGAGCAACACUGAGGUCCUCUACGUGAACCGGAAUGGACAGAAGGUCCGGCCGCUCGCCCGCUGGAAGGGGCAGCUGGUGGAGAGCGUGGGCUGGAACAAGGCUCUGGGUACGGAGAGCAGCACAGGCCCCAUCCUGGUGGGCACUGCCCAGGGCCAGGUCUUCGAAGCCGAGCUCUCAGCCAGCGAGGGUGGGCUGUUUGGCCCUGCCCCCGACCUCUACUUCCGCCCAUUGUAUGUGCUAAACGAAGAAGGGGGUCCAGCGCCCGUGUGCUCCCUGGAGGCCGAGCGGGGCCCUGAUGGCCGUGGCUUCGUCAUCGCCACCACACGGCAGCGCCUCUUCCAGUUCAUAGGUCGAGGCACGGAGGGGGCCGAGGCCCAGGGCUUCUCAGGGCUUUUUGCAGCCUACACGGACCACCCACCCCCAUUCCGCGAGUUCCCUAGUAACCUGGGCUACAGCGAGUUGGCUUUCUAUACCCCCAAGUUGCGCUCUGCGCCCCGAGCCUUUGCCUGGAUGAUGGGAGAUGGCGUGCUGUACGGCUCGCUGGACUGCGGGCGCCCCGACUCCCUGCUGAGCGAGGAGCGGGUUUGGGAGUACCCAGAGGGGGUGGGCCCUGGGGCCAGCCCGCCCCUGGCCAUCGUGCUGACCCAGUUCCACUUCCUGCUGCUGCUGGCGGACCGCGUGGAGGCGGUGUGCACGCUCACGGGGCAGGUGGUGCUGCGCGACCACUUCCUGGAGAAGUUCGGGCCGCUGAAGCACAUGGUGAAGGACGCGGCCAGCGGCCAGCUGUGGGCCUACACGGAGCGAGCCGUCUUCCGCUACCACGUGCAGCGCGAGGCCCGGGACGUGUGGCGCACCUACCUGGACAUGAACCGCUUCGACCUGGCCAAGGAGUAUUGUCGCGAGCGGCCCGACUGCCUGGACACCGUGCUGGCCCGGGAGGCCGAUUUCUGCUUCCGCCAGCGGCGCUACCUGGAGAGCGCUCGCUGCUACGCGCUGACCCACAGCUACUUUGAGGAGAUCGCCCUGAAGUUCUUGGAGGCCCGGCAGGAGGAAGCGCUGGUCGAGUUCCUGCAGAGAAAAUUAGCCGGUCUGAAGCCAGCCGAGCGGACCCAGGCCACGCUCCUGACCACCUGGCUGACGGAGCUCUACCUGAGCCAGCUCGGGGCCCUGCAGGGCACCCCAGACGCCCGUAACCUCUACCGGGAAACCCAGGAGCGCUUCCGCUCCUUCCUCAGCAGCCCCCGACACAAGGAGUGGCUCUUUGACAGCCGGGCGUCGAUCCACGAGCUGCUCGCCAGUCACGGGGACACGGAACACAUGGUGUACUUUGCCGUGAUCAUGCAGGACUAUGAGCGGGUGGUGGCCUACCACUGCCAGCACGAGGCGUACGAGGAGGCCCUGGCCGUGCUGGCCCGCCACCGAGACCCCCAGCUCUUCUAUAAGUUCUCCCCUAUGCUCAUCCGUCACAUCCCCCGCCAGCUGGUAGAUGCCUGGAUGGAACUGGGCAGCCGGCUGGACGCCCGGCAGCUCAUCCCUGCCCUGGUGAACUACAGCCAGGGUGGCGAGGCCCAGCAGGUGAGCCAAGCCAUCCGCUACAUGGAGUUCUGCGUGAAGGUGCUUGGAGAAACGGAGCAAGCCAUUCACAACUACCUGCUGUCGCUGUACGCCCGAGGCCAGCCAGACUCGCUGCUGGCCUACCUGGAGCAAGCCGGGGCCAGCCCACACCGCGUGCACUAUGACCUCAAGUACGCCCUGCGCCUCUGCGCCGAGCAUGGCCACCACCGGGCCUGCGUCCACGUGUACAAGGUGCUGGAGCUGUAUGAGGAGGCCGUGGACCUGGCCCUGCAGGUUGACGUGGACCUGGCCAAGCAGUGUGCAGACUUGCCUGAGGAGGAUGAGGAGCUACGUAAGAAGCUGUGGCUGAAGAUUGCACGGCACGUGGUGCAGGAGGAAGAGGAUGUGCAGACAGCCAUGGCCUGCCUGGCCAGCUGCCCCUUGCUCAAGAUUGAAGAUGUGCUGCCCUUCUUCCCGGAUUUUGUCACCAUCGACCACUUCAAGGAGGCAAUCUGCAGCUCUCUUAAGGCCUACAAUCAUCACAUCCAGGAGCUGCAGCGGGAGAUGGAAGAGGCCACAGCCAGUGCGCAGCGCAUCCGGCGGGACCUGCAGGAGCUGCGCGGCCGCUACGGCACCGUGGAGCACCAGGACAAAUGCGCCAGCUGUGACUUCCCCCUGCUCAACCGCCCAUUUUACCUCUUCCUCUGUGGCCACAUGUUCCACGCUGACUGCCUCCUGCAGGCCGUGCGGCCCGGCCUGCCUGCCUACAAGCAGGCCCGGCUGGAGGAGCUGCAGCGCAAGCUUGGGGCUGCGCCGCCCCCAGCCAAGGGCUCUGCCCGAGCCAAGGAGGCUGACGGUGGGGCUGCUGGGGGGCCUAGCCGGGAGCAGCUCAAGGCUGACCUAGAUGAACUGGUGGCUGCUGAGUGCGUGUACUGUGGGGAGUUGAUGAUCCGCUCCAUAGAUCGGCCCUUCAUCGACCCCCAGCGCUACGAGGAGGAGCACCUCAGCUGGUUGUAGGAGUGUGUCUGCCCCCCUCCCC